UCCGUUUUGGCUCAUUCGGGGUGUUCAGGUCUCACCGUCGAGGGUGGUAACAUUGUGAGUGGACGAACUGAAACAACAUCCCCUCUUAUCUAGAGAGAAUCCUCGCUGACGGCUCAGCCCAUGAACGUUACCUGGGUUAUGGGCUUCCCCGAUGGUAACGAGGAAGGCACCUUUCUCGCGCUCGACAUGGGCGGCACCAACCUGCGGGUUUGUGAGAUCACCUUGACCAAAGAGAAGGGCAAGUUCGACAUCACCCAGUCCAAAUAUCGCAUGCCCGAUGAGUUACGGACCGGUACCGCCGAGCAACUGUGGGAGUACAUUGGCGACUGUCUCCAGGAGUUCAUCGAGCACCACCAUGCGGACAAGGAGCUCAACAAGUUGCCGCUGGGUUUCACCUUCUCCUACCCGGCAACCCAGGAAUACAUCGACCACGGCAUUCUCCAGCGCUGGACCAAGGGGUUUGAUAUCGACGGCGUGGAGGGCCAAGAUGUGGUCCCUCCGCUAGAGGCAGCCUUGCAGAAGCGGGGCCUUCCGAUUAAAGUGGCUGCCUUGAUCAACGACACCACCGGAACACUCAUCGCCUCGGCCUACACGGACCCCGAGAUGAAGAUCGGCUGCAUCUUCGGCACCGGCGUCAACGCGGCCUACAUGGAGGAUGCCGGCUCGGUGCCCAAGCUCGCGCACAUGAACCUGCCCCCCGACACGCCCGUCGCCAUCAACUGCGAGUACGGGGCCUUCGACAACGAACACAUCGUCCUCCCGCUCUCCAAGUACGAUCACAUCAUUGACCGCGAAUCCCCGCGUCCCGGCCAGCAGGCGUUCGAGAAGAUGACCGCGGGUCUGUACUUGGGCGAGAUCCUCCGAUUGGCCCUGCUAGACCUCAUCGACAACCAGCCGGGCCUCAUCUUCAAGGGCCAGAACACCGACAAGCUGAGGCAGCCAUACCUGCUCGACUCGUCAUUCCCCGCCGCCAUCGAGGAGGACCCCUACGAGAACCUGCAGGAGACGUCAGACCUGAUGGAGAGCAAGCUGGGCAUCAAGCCCACCCCGGUCGAGCUGGAGAUGAUCCGCCGCCUGGCCGAGCUGAUCGGGACCCGCGCGGCCCGCCUGUCCUCCUGCGGUGUGGCCGCGAUCUGCAAGAAGAAGAACAUCAAGUCGUGCCACGUGGGGGCCGACGGCUCGGUGUUCACCAAGUACCCGCACUUCCAGGCCCGUGGCGCGCAGGCCCUGCGUGAGAUCUUGGACUGGGCGCCCUCGGAGCAGGACAAGGUGGUCAUCAUGGCGGCCGAGGACGGCUCGGGUGUCGGGGCGGCGCUGAUUGCGUCGCUGACGCUGAAGCGCAUCAAGGCGGGUAAUGUGGCCGGUGUCAGGAACACGGAAGAGAUCAAGACGCUCAUCUAAUCCAAUCUUCUUGGUGUGGGGCACGAUUGAGUAGGCGCAUAUAAAAGGAUAUACAUGUUAUGAAUACAAUGAUUUUGAUACUUUCUUACUCUAGCAAACUCGCCUAUGAUGCAUUGAUUGGUGUUUACUGACAUGGAAUAGAUGGUCAGUUAGUCUGGUUUAACUCCAAGCCUGGCAGCUGCCUAGUGGACUGCAGCAUCAUAGGACGAUCACU